AUGGCUGCCAAAAGUUCUGACGACAUUGUCAUCGCUGGUAUUUCUGGCCGACUGCCAGAAAGUUCAAAUCUCGAAGAAUUCAAGCAGCAACUAUUCGACGGCGUCGACUUAGUGACAGAUGAUGAAAGACGUUGGCCCUCAGGUCUCUACAACCUACCAACUCGUACCGGAAAAAUGAAAGAUAUAUCUCACUUCGACGCCACCUUCUUCGGCGUCCACCCUAAACAAGCCCACACGAUGGACCCCCAACUGAGAUUUCUUCUUGAAGUGACUUACGAAGCAAUCGUGGACGCUGGGGUUAACCCCAAAGACAUAAAAGGUUCAAAAACGGGUGUCUAUGUUGGAGUUUUCCAAAACGAAUCUUCGGAAUUCUGGACGAAAGAUCCAGACGAAACGACAGGAUACAGUUUAACUGGGUGUUCUGUUUGCAUGUUUGCUAAUAGAAUAUCGUACGCGUUUGAUCUCAAGGGACCUAGUUAUGUGGUGGAUUCGGCUUGUUCGAGCAGCAUGGUGGCCUUGAACCAAGCAGUAUGGGCAAUGAAGAAUGGGGAGUGUGAUGCUGCUAUCGUAGCAGGGGUGAAUUUGCUUCUGAAACCUGAAACAUCUUUGGAGUUUUCAAAACUCGGAAUGUUGAAUGCUGAAGGCAAGUGUAAAUCGUUCGAUGCUUCGGGAAAUGGAUACGUGAGAUCAGAAGCUACAGUCGUUAUAUAUUUGCAGAAGGCAACAAUUGCUAAACGUGUGUAUGCCACUAUUCUGGGAAUGAAAGUUAACAAUGACGGGUACAAAGUCGAAGGAAUUACGUUUCCUAGUGGAAGUAUGCAGAAUGAACUCAUUCGGGAUACAUACACCAAAUUUGGUGUUGAUCGUUCAGAAGUUACGUAUUUAGAAGCUCAUGGUACGGGUACCAUAGCGGGGGAUACACAAGAAGUCAACUCAAUUGCAGACUUUUUCUGUGAAAAUCGGAAAGAACCACUGCUUAUAGGAUCUGUCAAAAGUAACAUGGGGCAUCCUGAAUCAGCCUCGGGACUGUGUUCCUUGGCAAAAGUUGUCAUCACUAUGGAAAGUGGUUUCAUACCUGCCAACUUACAUUUUCACUCUCCUAAUAAAAAUAUUCCAGCGUUGAGUGACGGUCGUUUGAAAGUGGUCACUAAGAACGAACCUUGGCAAGGUGGUCUAGUUGCUAUUAAUUCCUUUGGUGCUGGGGGUACCAACUCACACCUUAUUCUUAAAGCGAACCCGAAAGAGAAAAUUAAACAAAAUACGCCUGGUGUACCACGUAUCGUCGCGAUUUCUGGACGCACCUCUGACGCGGUUCAUACUUUAAUCGAUCAGGUUAAGAAGCACAGAGACGACGAUGAGUUCUUGUAUCUAGUAAAUCAGGUUCAUCAGGAUGGGAUUAAGGGUCACCAAUAUAGAGGAUUCUGUCUUCUAAACGAUACACCAGUCUGCGAAAUCGGAGAUAUCUCUUUCCAGAAGAGACCUGUUUGGUUUAUAUACAGUGGGAUGGGUUCUCAAAAGAGCAUAGGAAAAGAACUCAUGCAAAUAGAAGUGUUUCGCAGCUCAAUUAAGAAAAGUUCUGUAGUGCUACAGCAAUUUGGAAUAGAUUUAGAAGAUAUCAUAGUCAACGGGACGGAUUCCACCUUCGAGAAUGUUCUCAAUACAACAGUUGCGAUAGUCGGCGUACAGAUAGCCCUAACCGACCUUUUGAAAUUUUUAGGCGUUGACCCUGACGGAAUAAUCGGACAUUCGAUUGGUGAAAUAAGUUGUGCUUACGCAGACGAAACUCUAACCUCCGAACAAACCAUUCUUACCGCUUACCACCGAGGAAAAUCUCUAAUAGACAAUGAUCUUGUCAAAGGGUCAAUGGCUGCAGUUGGACUGUCAUGGGAACAAGCACACCAAAGGUGCCCCUCCAAUGUAUUUCCCGCUUGCCACAACGCUCAAAAUAUCACCACAGUCUCUGGUCUGAGCGACUCUGUAAAAGCUUUCGUCGCCCAACUAACUUCUGAAAAUAUUUUUGCCAAAGAAGUGAAAGUGAGUAAUGUCGCUUUCCACUCAAAAUACGUAGCAAAAGCGGGUCCACAAUUCCACAAAGCACUCAAACAAAUCAUACCUUUCCCAAAACCACGAACAUCCAAAUGGAUUUCAUCUUCAAUACCUGAGUCGAAAUGGACGACGACUCUUGCACAAUACAGCUCUCCAGAUUAUCACGUCGAAAAUUUUCUUUCGCCUGUUUUGUUCCACGAAGCUCUUCAACACGUACCAGACAACGCUGUCGUGAUUGAAAUAGCACCUUCCGCGCUGUUUCAAGGAAUUAUUAAACGUUCGUUAGGAUCUAAAAUUACACCUCACUCGGAAGGGUACACAAUGCUGGAUGUCAACCCAAAUUUUCAAAGCUUUAUCCUUCAAUGGAUUUUCCAGUGGGUCGAGGUACCCCCAUGA